AUGGAAGAAGAAGUCGCUGCCCUCGUUAUCGAUAAUGGAUCUGGAAUGUGCAAGGCUGGCUUUGCUGGCGACGACGCUCCCCGUGCUGUCUUCCCCUCUAUUGUCGGUCGUCCACGUCAUCAGGGUGUUAUGGUCGGAAUGGGUCAGAAAGACUCCUAUGUUGGUGAUGAAGCUCAAUCGAAGCGUGGUAUUCUCACCUUGAAGUACCCUAUCGAGCACGGUAUUGUCACUAACUGGGAUGAUAUGGAGAAGAUCUGGCAUCACACCUUCUACAACGAACUCCGUGUAGCUCCUGAGGAACACCCCGUGCUCCUCACCGAAGCUCCUCUCAACCCCAAGGCAAACCGAGAAAAAAUGACUCAAAUCAUGUUCGAGACGUUCAACACUCCCGCCUUCUACGUCGCCAUCCAGGCCGUCUUGUCCCUGUACGCCUCCGGUCGUACUACUGGUAUCGUCCUGGACUCUGGUGAUGGUGUAUCUCACACUGUCCCUAUCUACGAAGGUUUCGCGCUCCCUCAUGCCAUUCUUCGUCUCGAUCUCGCCGGUCGUGAUUUGACCGACUUUUUAAUCAAGAACUUGAUGGAGAGAGGUUACCCCUUCACCACCACCGCCGAGCGUGAAAUUGUCCGUGACAUCAAAGAGAAGCUUUGCUACGUUGCUCUCGACUUUGAGCAGGAGAUGCAAACUGCUGCUCAGUCCUCUCAACUGGAGAAGAGCUACGAGUUGCCCGACGGUCAGGUCAUCACGAUCGGUAACGAGCGAUUCCGCGCUCCUGAGGCUCUCUUCCAGCCGGCCUUCCUCGGCCUUGAAGCUGCAGGUGUCCACGAGACCACUUACAACUCCAUCUUCAAGUGUGAUCUUGACAUCCGUCGUGACCUUUACGGCAACAUUGUCCUCUCUGGUGGUACUACCAUGUUCCCCGGUAUUGCUGAGCGUAUGCAGAAGGAGUUGACUGCUCUCUCGCCAUCGAGCAUGAGGGUCAAGAUCGUUGCUCCCCCCGAGCGUAAAUACUCGGUCUGGAUUGGUGGUUCGAUUCUUGCCUCCCUCAGCACAUUCCAAAACUUGUGGUGCUCGAAGCAAGAGUACGACGAGUCUGGUCCUGGUAUCGUCCACCGCAAGUGCUUCUAA